ACAUCAUAUAGAAAACAAACAAGCAGCAACAGAAACGACCUUGACGAAAAUGUACCAGUAUUGCAAACGGAUUAAUUUUUGCAAGAAAUUUUGUCAAAAAUGCGCGAAAACCGAUUGCAUGUGUCUAAAAUACGUAACUUUGGAAAAGUUCUGUAAAAAUUAACUAGCUGUUUUGAUUAUGUUAUUUCAGUGUUUGUGAUAUUCGUAGCUAAAGCAAAUUGAUUUUUUUUCUCUUGAUGAUGCCAGAAACGAAAAAAAAAUGCAUAUGUGCUUCGUAGAGUGAGCCAGUGAUAGUCAUUCAUUGUGGCCAUAAUGUGAAAAAAUCACAUAUUUUGUUCUUGCAAAAGUGUUUUUCAACUGUGAUUCUGCAUUGAAGAUUUAAAGUGCAUUCUUGUGUUAAAUCCGCGCAUAAACUGCAUUUAACUGCAAAACAAAUCAAAACCAGCUUCUACCGAUAAAAUGAAAAAGUUCACUUUCAAAGGAGUUUUAGAUGGGUUUCGAAGUUCUACAGUGAAUCAAUCGUCUCCCCUUGGCCAAUCCAGAAUUUGCACAGAACAAGAAAUUCAGGAAACUCUCAAAUCAGAGCAUUUUCAACUGCGCAAGACAUUUCGCCAUGGAUUCCCGUACUCCCCGACUGCUUUGGCAUACGAUCCAGUGCAGAAAGUUUUGGCAAUAGGAGAUAAGUCGGGCUCUAUUAGAAUAUUAGGAAAGUUUGGAGUUGACGCUCAUGUCAGCCAUGACGGAGAAUCUGCAUGUGCCGUAAAUUUGAUAGAGUUCUUGGUGAAUGAAGGCAGUCUCGUAACAGCUACUGCCGACGAUACUCUACAUUUAUGGAAUUAUCAAACAAAGAUACCAAAAGUAGUACAAAGCCUGAAAUUUCAAAGAGAAAGGAUAACACACUUGCACCUACCAAUAGGCACUAAAUGGUUGUACGUAGGAACGGAAAAAGGGAACACACACAUUGUUCACGCUGAUUCCUUUACAUUGAGCGGAUAUAUCAUUAAUUGGAACAAGGCAAUUGACCCAAUCAGAAAGACUCAUCCUGGCGCAAUCGUACAUUUAUCGGACAACCCUUUAGAUGCGAAUAAGUUGUUGAUAGGAUUUGAAACAGGUCAAUUAGUUCUAUGGGAUAUGAGAGGAAAAUGUGCAGAAUUUCGAUGGAUAUCGCAGGAACCGCUUUUAUCGUGCUCGUGGCAUCAUGAAGGAAAACACUUUUUUUCAUCGCACACCGAUGGAUCUUUGUGUACGUGGCCUUUAAAACUUUCACCUAAACCUCUAGUGCAUGGUUUUCCACACGCUAAGACUAAUAAGGAUGGAAAAACAGAAACAUGCAAUGCAAUCCAGAAAGUGGAAGUUAAAACAAAUAGACUUGGUGAACAAUUUACAAUAUUCUCUGGUGGCCUGCCGACAGAAAAGUGUAGCAGUAAGUCUCAUUGCAUAACAGUAUUAGUUCAAGGCAAAUCAACCACAGUAUUAGAAAUGGAACAUCCAGUUAUAGAUUUUUUUACAAUUUGUGAAAGUCCUUGGGGAAGUGAUUUACAAGAACCAUACGCCGUUGCAGUCCUGCUGCAAAAUGAUUUGGUACUGAUAGAUUUGUUAACACCCGGUUAUCCCACAUUUGAAUCGCCUUAUUCCAUGGAUAUACAUGAGUCACAAGUUACUUGUUGUACAUACCUAGCAGAUUGUCCAUCUGAUUUGGUUCCAGCUUUUUACUCAGUAGGAAGAAAUACUUCUAACCGCCGUUCGGGAUAUUCGGAACGGGAGUGGCCAGUAAAUGGUGGAGAAUGGCAGCCAACUUCAUGUAGUUAUUCAGAAAUUGUCAUGACUGGACAUCAAGAUGGGUCUAUCAAGUUUUGGGACUCGAGUGCUGGAACAUUACAAGUGCUUUAUAAAUUAAAAACGUCUAAAAUAUUCGAGAAAUCCAGAGUGAGAUCGAUGGACGUCAGUGAUGACGAUCCUUUAUCUAUUUCGGCGAUAUCUUUAUGUGCAGAAUCAAGAAAAUUAUGUACAGCCACCAGUAGCGGGCAUGUAGUUUUAUUCAAGUUUAGGAGAGCUGAAAGCACGGGAGAUAUUGCCGUACUUGAAAUUCCUAUAUCUUAUGAAAAUUCAGCAGAAAACGAUGGCAGUCCAGAUUGUGAGUUUGUUCCAAAGACACUGCCAAAACAAUACGAUUCAAUGGAUAGCGAGAAAAAGUGUAACGGAAUUUUGAAAGUCCGGAGUGGACCACAAAGGAAACCACCAGGUUUUCAAGCUCAAUUAGUAUGCGUAACUCCGUGGACACAAGGCACGCACCCUGGUCAAAUAACUGCACUCACAAUAAACUCCAGCUAUGGAUUAAUGGCAUAUGGAAACGAGUAUGGCCUUGCUGUAGUAGACAUUGUGCAAAAAUCGUGCUUAGUAAACUUAUCUACACAGGAAAUUUAUGGUUCCUUAGAUUUAUACUCUCGAACUCCCCGGAGUCCAAAGCGAUUAGACAGUGUCCAAUCAAAGGAAGAUCAUAUGCGAUCACCAAGUAUAGAUCAGAUCAACGGAUUAUGUAGCUCGAAUACUGCGGCAGCCAGUGGCAGCAAUGGUGGCACAAGUUGUGCUACUACACCAAAUUCGGCCAAUUCUAUUCCUACGACAUUGCAAGAGCGUGGAAUGAGUAUUACAAGUGCUGGGAGUCCUAGUAAAAGAACGGGAGCUGGUAGUUCUGCGGGGACAUCAGAUAUUGUUAGGAAGUCGAGAUCCCAAGACAAGCUGGAUAACUCAUUAUCCAGAUCGAGAUCUUCUUCUAUGUCCAGUUUAGAAAAUGCCAGCACAGAGGCCAUCACGUGUUUGGCGUUUGCGGAUAGUUACAUCAGAAAGAGUGACCCAUCAAUUGCCCUUCCUUCUUUGUGGCUAGGCACUAGCAUGGGAGCAAUUUUGACCGUAUCACUAAACCUUCCGGAAAACGACAUCAGGAAAACGGAGUCGGUACAGGUGUCAUUUACAGGUCCAAUGUUCCGUUUGAAAGGAACAGUACUUUCUAUGUCACUAUUAGAUUGCAAUGGAGCGCUCAUUCCGUACGCCUUUGAGUCAUGGAAAGAUGAUGCGAAGGAAGGAAAGGAAAAACGUGACAAAACACCAACCAAAUCGACACUUAGCAAACUGAGCCCAACAAAUCCCGAUGCGCUUUGUGACCGUCAAUUCAUUGUGAUCGCUAGUGAAAAACAAGCUGGUGUAUUUGCCCUCCCUAGUCAAAACUGCGUCUACAGGAAAAAUCUCGUAGAAUCUGAUUUCAUCGUCAAGGCUGAAAUAAUAAGCAUGAAAGACAGUGUAUGUUUAAUCUGCUACGCAUCCAAUGGGCACCUUAUGGUGUUUACCCUUCCUAGUCUGAAACUUCUCUGCGAUGUGGAUUUUUUACCACUGUCUGACCUUAGCUUUCAAACAAAGUGCAAACAGGGAACGGUUAUUGACCCAAUGUUGUCAAUAUGGGGACAGCAAUUGAUCGUAAACGAAGAUACAAAUCUCAUAUCGAAAACAUUCAGUUUUAGCAAUAAAGGUCAUGGACUCUACUUGGUAACGCCCACCGAGAUUCAGAAAUUUACCGUUUGCCAAGGGUUCAGUAAUCAAUAUAAUAAUAUGCUUGGUGAGCUGUACACACCACAAGAAAUGCCAGAAGCACCGAAGGAGAGCUUUUUCAAAGGACUUUUUGGCGGUGGAACUCGGAACUUAGACCGCGAAGAGUUAUUUGGCGAAUCAAGCGGAAAGGCGAACAAAUCGAUCGCAAAGCACAUUCCUGGUCCGAACGCAAACUUGCAAGACUUGAAUACACGAGCAACGUCUGCUUCUUCGGAGGUCAGCAGAGCACAUCAGUUAAUGCUGGAACGUGGUGACAAACUGAGCCAACUUGAAGAUAGAACUGAACGAAUGGCUAGUGAAGCGCAACAGUUUUCCAGUUCGGCACAUUUGUUAAUGAACAAGUAUAAAGAUAAAAAAUGGUAUCAGCUGUAA